AUGACACUCAGAAGACUAUUUAAUAAAGGCUAUAAGACAUAUCAAUCAGCAGCCAAAAGAGCAUUCAAUCGCAAGAACUUAUUCUACACAAAUGUUUUAUUAUCAAUAGGAUUAUCUACGACAGGAGAUUUUUUAGAACAAAACUUUGAACUGUAUGUUAAAGAAAUUGAUAAAUAUGAUUACGGUCGUACAACACAAAUGGCCUUAUCUGGCAUGACAACUGGUAUUAUAUGCCACAAUUGGUACAUUUUCCUAGACAAAAUUAUUAUAGGACGUACUUUUGAUAUGGUUAUAAAGAAACUCCUUUUAGACCAGUUUAUCUGUUCCCCAAUUGUGAUUAUGUCAUUUUUUGCCACUGUUGCAAUUUUUGAAGAGCAACCCUUAGAAAAUUUCACAGACGAAGUAAAAGAUAAGUUCUGGAUUCUUUACAAAGCAGAGUGGUAUGUGUGGCCACCAGCACAGAUAAUAAACUUCUACUUUUUACCAACUAAGUAUAGAGUGCUAUAUGAUAAUACUAUAUCUUUGGGCUAUGAUGUUUAUACAUCGCAUAUUAAACAUUACAAAACACAGAAACAUAAAGAGGAAAACAAUAAUGAAACAACUAAAUGGUAA